AUGGAUGACACAAGCGAAGAAUUCCAAGUGCUCUUCAGCGGGAUGUCCGCGUUCGUGACAGACUGCAUGUCUGGCCAUGACCCAUCGCAUAACCCAGCGCAUGUCCACAGAGUGGUAGCACUCGCGAACAAAAUUCUGGAAGCAGAGCGGGCCUUGAACCCGGCAACAAAAUACAACGGAGCAGUUGUUAAGCUGGCAGCACUCCUGCACGACAUCGGAGACAGAAAGUACCUGUCAAAAUUGGACACAGCGCCUGGAAGUGAAGCUCCCGAUCCAACGACGAUGGUCCAGCAUGCUCUUAUCGCUCGUGGUGCAGCACCUGAUUUGGCGUCCCGAGUUCAGACAAUUGUGUCACAUGUAUCCUAUACCACCGAAUGCAAGGAUCCGUCUGUGAUCCGCCGUUUGAUCGACGAUGAGGGGUUUGUGGAGCUUGCAGUUGUGCAGGAUGCAGACAGGUUGGAUGCCAUCGGGGCUGUUGGUAUUGGGAGAUGCUUCACUUUCCUCGGUGCUGUCGGGAAGAAGUAUUGUGUUGAUGGGAAAUGGGAAAUGAGCAAUUCUAUCGAGCAUUUCGAGGAUAAGCUGGUCAAGCUUGAGGGAAUGAUGAAAACUUCCACCGGGCGACAGAUGGCCAAGGUGCGGACAGAGAGAUUGAAGAUCUUUGCAGGAUGGUGGGAAGAAGAGAUGAGUUUGACCUCUGCUUGA